CAACUGAGAUAAACAGUUCCUGUUCCCUUAGGAGGUUUCUUUGCCUUAGGUUGGAGCAUAAAGUGGGUAGUGUAUGCAAAUCUGAAGCAGUUUAUGUAUUCGAUAGAAGUAAGGUUGCAAACUGAUAACAAGCGAACUCAUAAACACGGACGAAAGAUAGACGUUUAAACGCUAUAUAGGGGAAAAUUGAACCUGUCACUGUCAGGAAUGAUUCGUCAUUUCAAUCUGACGUGAAUUGUUCUUCUUGUCGACAUUGAUGAUUCACAUAUACCAAAACGUUGACGGUGUUUUGACACAUCAUUUUAAGUAGAGUUCUACAUAUAGCAGUUCGUUAUUCAGAAAUGGCAGGUUCCCAGGGACAUGAUGCUUAUCUCAGGAAUGCUCUUUCCAAAUACCAGUAUCCAGACCUAGCCAAAAGGGACAUUUUGCAAGCAUUUUCAAAUUUUAAGGAUUUGAGACCUAAUGUUGACAGUUUUGUCUUCAAUGAUGGAAACAGAAAAGAGCUGUUGUGUCUUGAAGGAACCAUACCAGUUACUUAUAGAGGUACUACCUAUAACAUACCAGUUUGUCUGUGGCUGUUGGAGACCCAUCCAUAUAACCCACCUAUGGUAUAUGUGAAGCCAACAGCAACUAUGCAGAUCAAACCAGGGCAACAUGUAGAUGCCAAUGGAAGAGUGUAUCUUCCUUAUCUUCAUGAAUGGAGACAUCCGCAGUCAGACCUGUUUGGUUUAAUACAGAUAAUGGGUAUAAUAUUUGGGGAAAACCCACCAGUAUUUGCCAAGAAAACUGGAGGCCCUCCACCUAGGCCAGGGUAUCCACCUGGAGGACUGCCAUACCCACUGCCAGGUGGUGGCACACCUCCAUACCCAAUGCAGAACAGCAGUCAGACACCCUACCCACCUGCAUCAACAGGUGCUUCCCAGCCCCCCUAUCCCAGUGCUAAUUCUUCAGAUCCUGUACUGCAACCUCCUCCAUCACCAGGAUUCAUGCCCAUGCCAAGUGUAGGUGGACCAACAAAUCCUCCAUACCCAGCAUACCAGCCUUCGUAUCCUCCUACAAGCUAUCCAUCUGCUGGUGCAGGAUCUGGGGGUUAUCCAGGUGGUGGAUAUGGUGGUUAUCCUCCUCAAGGGUCCUCUUACCCUGCUACUUCAAGUUACCCAGGAAGCCAGGGGUAUCAACCAAGUCAGCCAAGUUUUGCUACACCAACUACUGCAGCUAUGCAACAGAGUGCAGCAAUUUCGGAUGAGCAAAUCAGGCUGUCCCUUGUUUCUGCAGUUGAAGAUAAGAUGAGAAGAAGAUUAAAAGAGAUCUUUGCUCAAGCACAGGCUGAAAUGGAUGCAUUGAAGAAGACGCAAGAUGAUCUAAACAAUGGGAAAACAAAACUAGAUGAUAUGAUUUCCAGACUAAGAGCAGAACAGAAUGAAGUGGGGAGAAGUUUAGAAAUUCUAACAGAAAAGGAUAAUGAAAUAAGAGAAGCUCUUAGGAAAAUGGAAAGUCAAAAUGACUUAAAUAUUGAUGAUGCAGUGGUCACCACAGCCCCAUUAUAUAAGCAGUUGAUGAAUGCUUUUGCUGAGGAACAAUCAAUAGAAGAUGCUAUAUAUUAUAUAGGUGAAGCUCUACGGAAAGGGGUUAUUGAUCUGGAUGUAUUUCUCAAGCAAGUCAGAGAGUUGUCACGACAGCAGUUCAUGCUUAGAGCCCUUAUUCAAAAAUGCAGGCAAAAAGCUGGCUUACCAGAAAUAGGAUAAUUGGCAAACAACUACAUGCAGAACUGUGCUUUGAUGUCUGAAUGACUGAUAACAAUUGUGAUAAAUCAACUGCCCUUGCUUCAGCUGAUACUUUUAAUGAUGGAUCUUCUAAUCAGAAAAAAAUCUGAUGUUGAAUAAAAUGUUAUUAUAAUCCAUAGAAACCCAAGUCUCCAUGUUCAUAUACUGCAGUGGGCGUGCUCUGAUAGAGAACCUUUUAGAGUUGACCAUAUGGAAGACAUCGGAUGAGUUUCACAAAAGUCAGAAAUUAAGAAUAUAUCGUAUAUACCCCAGCCUGAUUAGACAAUUAUUUUGUAUAGUUCUGGCAUAAUGAAAUUGUCUUGCUUCAAUGAAGCAUAGAAGAUUUUUCUAGCAGGUAGGCAAAUGCUGUUGGUUCUUUUGAAUUUUCUCAAUUGAUGUAUUACGACAUCAUUGCAUGAAAGUUCCAUUUCUUUUGUCAAGUAUUGGGUAACUUUUUUUCCUCAAAGAUUCCCUAGAAAUGUAUAUUUUCAUAAAUUUUUACUGAAUGGGAAAGGAAUUCACAGAAAAGUAAAGUCAUAUUAACUGCUUUUAUUUGUAAACUAUAUAGGUAAACUUUGUGAUGUAAGUGUUCACAUUCAUUAUUUUCUUGAAAGAUGUCAGCAUGGUGUAGUGAAUAAAUUGGAAAUUAUUAUAAAAUGUAUGACAGCCUAAUUAUAUCACUAUCUAUAUGUUUUUGUUAGUUAUCUUCUGGAAGUGAAAAUUCCUCUUUCAUGAGAUGAUAAAAAGGACAAGUCUGUUAUUUCAUCUGUUUUUUAUUCAUAUAAAAGCUAGAUUUAUUCAUAACUGAUUAACUGUAUUCCCUCUAACUAAACGAAGAUUUCGGGUUUAUGAUGAUCUAUUCUGUAUGAAUAAAAUAUAAAAUUUUGUGCAUGCAUGUACAGUUUUACACUUGUGGCUGAAAUUAGUUCAUUAAAGCACAGAUAAUGCCUUAUACCAUAAGAUGUUAAUAUAAGCAGAAUCUUAGGAUAAA